AUGGUUUCUCUCAGAACAGCUUUUGAUCUGUCUUCGGAGGAGGUCGAUGCUGCAGCACCUCCUGGAACCAUCCAGAUCCAUCGAGAACACGAAGAUAUUGGCCACAUUUCAAGCCCGACCGAUGAUCCUCGAGACCCUCUCAACUUUCCAACGUGGAACAAAAUCGCCGCUUUGCUAGUUGCCUCGCUAUAUGCAUUCGUCGCCAACUACACGGCUGGUGUCAUUGCACCCGCGUUCCAGCUAUGGCCCAUGAUUUUCCCCAAGGACCCAAGAAGUCUUUCUGAGCUUUCGAAAUUGAUGGCUAUCAAUGUUCUUUUCCUUGGCGCAGGGAACAUUUGGUGGGUGCCAUUGUCGAAUUGGAUGGGUCGUCGACCUGUUCUUAUUAUCGCUACACUUCUCCUUACUUUUAGUACGCUUUGGUGCGGGCUAGCAACCUCUUACGACUCUUUGCUUGCUGCCAGGGCCUUUCAGGGUAUGGGCGGCGCAGCAGCAGAUUCAGUUGCCCCUGCGUUGGUUGGAGACAUGUUUCCUGUCCACCAACGUGGACGUGCUAUGGCCGUCUAUACCAUCAUGUUGGUUGUUGGUCCACUCGCAGGUGGCAUCUCUGGAGGCUACAUCGCGUUUCAGCAGGGCUGGAAGAUGAUCUUUUGGAUUGGCCUAGCAUUGUCUGCAGCCUGUGUCGUCGGUGUCGUCUUUUUCGUCCCCGAGACUCUGUACACCAGAAAUGCACCUAUCGAAGGCGUGCCCCAUUCAGAGUCUGAAAAGCAAGCUCAGUUUGGAAACAAUGAGCAUGUCGAGGAUAAGCAGGUCACCGUCAGCGAGCAACAGGCCACAAAGCCAUUUACCUACAUCCAGUCCCUGGGCUUCAUCAAGCCUCGUGGAAGUCUUGUCAAGCAAUUCAUCCAGCCCUGGCGAACACUUGCUCUGCCAGGCACUUGGGUAGUUAUGCUUCACUACGCGGGUCUGGUCGGAGGCAUCGUGUCUAUCUCGACCAUCGGACCACAGAUAGUAGCCGGUCCACCUUAUCUCUGGAAAGCAAAUGCAGGCCUGAUCAACAUUGGUGCUCUCAUCGGUGGCAUUAUUGGAUACAUCUAUACGUACAUGCUCGCCGAUGGUCAACUGAUCAAGAAAGCGAGUAAGAAGCGUCAUGGUGUUGCCGAAGCCGAAGAUCGUCUGCCCACCCUAUUCUUCCCGCUUUUUGUAGCGACAGCUGGAUUUCUCGUCUUUGGAUUCUGUGCUCAACAUCCAGGAGGCAACAUGUGGGUUGGAUUGCAAUUUGGAUACGGAAUGUUGACGUUUGGUCUGAUGCAAGUUCCGUCUGUCGGGUUCAACUAUCUCAUCGACUCGUACCACUCUUUGGCCGCGGAUUGUUUCACAAUGGUCACCAUUCUCCGUGCUAUCAUCGCUUUUGCCUGGACAUUUUUCGUGGCUGAUUGGAUUCACCAGAAAGGCCCUGCUGAGCCAUUUGGAAUAUUUGGACUUUUGAUGGGAAUAUUUUCCUUGUUGACCGUUCCACUUUGGUUGUUUGGAAAGCGAAUGAGAAUUGCGACAGCGGAAAGGGUCCUUCGUUGGCAGGGAUUUUAG